CAAAAUUCGAAGCCACUCAGCUGAGUCUGAAGACACAACUGUCAAUCAGACAUUCGAUUUGUUGUUUGUUGAUAGCUGGACACGUGCGGAAGACUUGCAAGAUGAGUUUCGCGGAGCUAGCAGGUGACGAGAAUUCCGGUGAACAUGCACGGACAUUUGUGUUCGAGGACGAGGGACACACUCUGGGAAACGCGUUAAAAUCGAUCAUCAGCCGAUAUCCUGAUGUUGAUUUCUGCGGUUAUACGAUUCCUCAUCCGGCGGAGAAUAAAAUGCACUUUCGAAUUCAAGCCAACAAGAAACUGCGGGCAAUUGAUAUCCUGAAACGAGGGCUCGAGGAUCUGGAGGCAGUUUGCGAUCAUACGAUUGAGACAUUUGAAAAGGCGAUGAAUGAUUAUAAUUCUUGAUAGUUUAAUUAGCGUAGGUUUUUGUUGAUAAGUUAAAUAAAUUUCGUAUAGCAAAAUG